AUGGCGGAGGAUACGAUUCCUGUAGGCGGCGGCGAUUCGUCGUCGGCAGCGAGGGCUCCUUCGUCAUUCGUGAAGAAAGGCGACCGGCAAAUGUUCACGGUGGAGCUCCGCCCAGGAGAGACUACCAUAGUGUCGUGGAAGAAGCUGAUGAAAGACGCCAAUAAGUUUAACAACAAGGGACUCGCUGCCGCACUAGAGCACCUUCCCAAUGUGAACCCUGCGCUCGAGUCCAGAAUCGCUCCGUUUGGCACUGAAAUAAGGGUCUGGAUAAUGCUAGGUUCUGAGAACAUGUUCCGCCAAAACAUUCAUGACUGA